AUGGACACGGCAUCUCUCACGAACGAGCUCCGAUCGUUGGCCCGGCGCCAGCAAACUCUCCAAGCGCGUCUGUCAGUUUUGAGAGCAACGACGACGACUUUGAACCAAGCCAGCACGAAAAACAAGACUCAGGACGUCAAACGGAAAAUCGCAACUGACGUGUUGUUGUCUAAGGGAAAGGAGAACUUGCAAGAGCAAGAACAAUUUGAUAGCGAGAAUCUCAGUCGAUUUACCGGAACCACAGCGUUCCGGGUCAAGGGUUUCUCAGACCUGCUGGGGGUUCGUAUUGAGCACUUCAGUGAAGCUACAGGAACAUUUGAGGCGCCUUACUACGUGAUUCUGAAGCGGGUUUCCGGAGAGAAACACUUUGAGGUGUUCAAACACACUAUUCCGAGUUAUGUGCCGUUGAGAUCUCUGGAGAAACAGUAUCUGAAGGGCAAGGUUGACCUGUUGGCUUUCGUUCGAAAAGUCAGACGAUGCAUCCAGCAGUUUCUCUUCAAGCGUCGUGUCUUUAACGAACUACAAUCGUUAGGAGCCGAGGUUGAUGCCGAUGAAGCGUACAGAAUGGUGCAACUCUCUCUACAGGGUGUCACAUACACGCUUGUUUGUGGUCCCACCAGGGUAGAACGAGUUGUGGAGAAGCACAGUAAGCCGUUUCUCUUGGGUCCCUUGUCGGGAUUGAGAAGGCGCAUUGUUCGCGCCAAUAGAUAG